AUCCACCAUAGCUGCUAAUUGGGACGAAAUUGAAUUUGGGAUUUUCGUGAUGUUACUUGGUUUUGAAUGUUGUAAACAACUGGCCGAAUAAAUCCAAUGGAUACAAAACAGAACUUUAAAUUACUUCUACAAUGUACAGGGAAAUUUUGUGGUCGAAUGUCCAACUCAAGCACGUGUACUGCAUGUUCUUGGGGAUCAAGAGUACCAUCAGGAUCAAGUCAACAAUACGGUUUUUGUGAAAAAUGUUUAACUCCAUUAUCAAUUCAUGGUUGGUUAUAUCUUGGAUUUUUAGCCAUUCUACCUGUAUUAUUUCUAUCAUUAACAUUGCCAACAACUGGUUCACAAAACCAAAUAUUCACUAAAAAACCAGAAAAAAAUGUUGUUGCAAAAAGUCAAGAGAAUAUGCACGGUCUGCCCACACCUUCAGUUGAACAUAAGACAUGCAAUAAAAAAGCAUGGAUUCUGUUUCUUCUCUGUAUUUUUGUUCACACAUGCUCAAGUUUAAUAACUGUAAUUCUGUACCCACCGUUUGGAUCACUUUCAUUGUAUCAUUGUGGUGUGGAGAAAGUUGAAGAUUUCUAUGCUCCUUUACUAGCAGCCCCUGGUUGUUCUUCUGAAGUCAACUUUCCAUUAACCUCUUUGCCUAUUGUAUAUUACUCAAUUAGUGCUUUCAUCUGUCUUUUAACUUAUCCAUUAUUAUUUCUGGUAGCAUUUCGUGAUUGUACAUGGUUAAAACAUCUUUACUAUGCAUUAUAUGCCUAUCCACUGAUAUGCAUUUUUGUUCUUGUUUUCGGUGGUAUAUUAUACUUUGUUUUCCCGUAUUUUCUUCUUUUUGUCAGUCUACUGGAUUCACUUUAUCGAUUUCCUCUAGUGUUUGACUAUUCAAUUAUUCAUCCAGAUGCUAUUAUUCGACCUGUUUGUAAUCCAUUAAUUCUUGUCAAGGAUAUUAUUCGUUCCCCAGGCCAAUAUUUUCUUUUUAUUUUAAUUAAUUUAUUAUCUACCGGUUACGCUUUAUUAUCGUUUUUUGAAGCAUUUAACUGGUGUUUAUUAUUAGCACUACUACCAGUUACAUUUUAUAUUCUAACUCUCCCGUUGUCUCAUCCAUUUCUUCAUCAUGAUUGUGAAAGUACACUUAGCAGAAUGUGUAAUAUAACAUUUAAACAACAUAAUAUACCUACUCCAAGUACUUCAAAACAUCCAGUGAGUAAUUUAACCAGUCGUACAAAUUUAUUUAGAACAUUUAGAAAUACAUCCGAUUAAGAUAUCCCACCCACCUUCUUUCAGGGCAUACGUGAUGGAGAUAUGGCUCAAGGAUUUAACUUGUAGCCAAUGGGUUCCGGGUUCGGAUAUCGUUCAACCUACUUCACCCUGGGUAGUGUCAUCAGCCCUCAAACCUAAUGAGCAUGACUCAUAGCCCAGUACCGGGUAACUGAGUCCUAACCAAGCGACCAACCAAUCAGUUAUCCUUCUAUUUUUUGUUAUAUUUUGCAUUAUAUAUUUCAUCCAUGAAUUUUGUUUUACCAAUUAUUUAUUCUUAUUAUUCAUGAAUAAGUACCCAACUAAGCUUGUUUACAGAUUUUGCUUAUACUAGAGAUAAGUUAGGGAAAUCAACACAUACACACAAUUUAACUUCUUCUACAAAAAAUAUGUUAGCGCCAUUCUAUAGAAUACCUAUUCUAAGUUGAAACUCAUUUGGUUAGAUUACAUUUUGCUUCUGUUUAUUUGUAAUCUCAGAAUUAUUUGAAUGUUUUUCUAAAUAUAUUGUGAUGUGAUUCAAGGUAAUGUUGCUAAUAUUUUAUAGAUGUAUAGAUUAAA